UCAGAUGGGGGUGUGAAGUAUUUCGAAACUCAGGAUGAGAACCGGUGCAACUGGAUGAUGUUUGUGCGGCCGGCCAAGACAUUCGCGGAACAAAAUCUGAUAGCCUUCCAGUACAAAGAGGAUAUCUACUUCACUGUGACGAGACUCAUAGAAAGCAAACAAGAGUUAAAGGUGUGGUAUGCAGCACAUUAUGCAGACAGACUUGGGGUCAGUACUCUAAGAAUGACAGAAGAAGACUUGCAAGCUUUGGAUGAAGAAGAUUCCAAGUUUGGUUGCUUUGAAUGCAGCCGCAAGUUCCGAUCUUCUGCAGCCCUGCAACAACAUCUUAUUUCACAUGACAACGAGGAUAUAAAGGACUUUGACGAUGAAGGCGGCGAUGAUGCAGACUUUAUUGUUGUAGAGGCAGGAAGAAAAGUUGACAAGCAGAAAGGAACUUUCCUCCGGGGACAGUUGACCCGGGGAAAAAGAAGAAAUAUCAUGUUUGACUGCAGCAAGUGCACUAAAUGUUUCAGCACUGAGGAAAAACUCCUGAAGCACCAGAUGGUGCAUGGGGAUGAUGCUAACAAACCAUUGGAGUGUCCCGUCUGCUUUAAGCGGGUGAUGAACAACUCGGCCAUGGCCUGCCACAUGAAGACUCACAGUGACAGGAAGUACUACGACUGCCCGGUGUGUGGCCAGGACUUUGACAUGGUAGCCCACCUGAAGGAGCAUGCUGUCGCACACAUGGACGAGCUGGGUCACUUCCCCUGCACUAGCUGCAGCAAGUCUUUCGAGGACUUUAGCGUUCUCAAGAAGCAUGUGAAGAGCUUCCAUUCUGAUCGGGAGUUCCAGUGUCCAGAGUGUGGCAAGCCCUUUCCCAGAAUGGACAAGCUGCGUCUGCACAUGCUACGACACACAAACCACAGGGAGUUUAUGUGUGAGACAUGUGGCCGGCAGUUCAAGCGCAAGGACAAGCUCAAAGAACACAUGAAGAGGAUGCACUCUAAGGAGAAGAUGGAACAACAGCUGUCUGCCAAGCUACAACAGAACAACUUGAAACAAGUGGGAAAAUUUACCCCAAAAGUAAUGCCUUCAGAGUACCACCGGUUUAUCUACAAGUGCCACACUUGUCUUUUGGGUUUCAAGCGUCGUGGCAUGCUGGUGAACCACCUGGCAAAGAGACAUCCAGACAUUAAACCCGAUCAGGUGCCGGAACUCAAUCUGCCGAUCCUGAAGACUCAGAAAGACUUCUAUUGUCAGUACUGCAACAAGAUCUAUAAAUCAUCCUCCAAACGAAAAGCCCAUAUCACUAAAAACCACCCAGGUUGCCAGGUGCCUCCAUCAUCUCGCAAGAAGCUCCUGUCGCCAGAUGGCAUAGUUGGUUUCCCCCCAAACUCCUUCUCACACACAGUCAGCAGCAUCACCACCAUGCCCCAUGGCUGCAAGUUUUGUCACAAACAGUAUGCCAGCAAGGCCAAACUCUUGCAGCACCAAAGAAAGAGUCACUCUAAACUUGUUGAACCGGCUCAUGGGAGACGUAAAAUCAAGAGGGAGAUACACCAGCAGCAGGACUUCCUCAUCACUGUCACAGAUGGAGAACACGGUCUGCCAGACAGAUAUGAGGCUGUACCAAUAGCAGUGGUCACUCAGGCGGACUCCCUUCCCGGCACGGAUCUGCUGACUCAGGCCAUGAGUGAGCUGCACAGUUACCCCAGUGAGUUUACUAUCGGCUCCCGGCUGACUCAGGGAGGAGCCUCAACCAUGGUACUUCAACCAACCACAAUCGACAUCAAUCAGUUAAACCAAGCCCUGCAUUCAUUCACAGCACAGACAGGAGGUGUGGCCACAGUUUUAACCCAGCCUCCUCAGCCUUUGAGUCCCACCCAGUCUGUCACCGUGAUGGCACCUAAUGGGCCCCAGACAAUUAACUUAAGCAAUGCUCAGUUUAUUACUAGAGCCUGGUCUGGUGGUUUUACUCCUUCUUUUAGAUAG